AUGUCGCAGCCAGAUCGCCCUCACAUCCGAGAGCUCACGGCCGCUCGCGAGGCUUAUAUACCGCGGCCUCCAGCUAUUUAUCGUGGUAUUGUGUCGUCUUUACAGUUUGAGGAAGUGUUUUUGACUAAACGGGAGGAGUAUGAAAAACUGCUGAGUGAUGGGGCCCUGAUGUUUCAGCAGGUGCCUUUGGUUGAAAUAGACGGGAUGCAGCUCAUGCAGUCAAAGGCUAUCUUGAAUUACAUCGCUGGAAAAUACAAUCUAUAUGGAAAAGACCUUAAAGAACGGGCUAUGAUCGACAUGUAUUCAGAAGGAGUCAUUGAUUUAAUGGAUUUGGUUAUGAUGUAUCCGCUCACACCACCUGAAAACAAACAGAAAUACCUCAGUAAUAUAGAGCAAAAGGCCAAAGAUCGCAUUCUUCCUGUGUUUGAAAAGGGUCUUGCAAACUCUCAGUUCCUUGUGGGAAACCAGCUGAGCCGUGCUGACAUUCACCUUCUUGAAGUCACUCUGAUGCUGCAGGAGUUACUCCCUACAAUACUUGCAAGCUUUCCCAAAAUCCAGGCGUUUCAAGAGAAAAUGAAGGCCUUGCCGAUAAUCGGCAAGUUCCUCCAGCCGGGCAGCGCAAGAAAACCUCCACCCGAUGGAGCGUAUGUGAAAACCGUGAAGGAGGUGUUGAGCCACCUUUUCAAAUAGAAGGCUUGAGGUUUUACACUGAUCUGAAUGCAUUAACAGUGAAUUCAAAACCAUUAGAUGACGUCAAUCACUAAUUAAUUUACAAACGUAUUGAUUAAAGCUGAGACUCUAAAAUGGACAGAUUUAUUUGGAAUGCACAAGAUACAAUUUGGUGAUGAUGCUGUGAAAUGAACAUUGCAACUGUCCAGUAGAUGUUGUGAGAGUGUGGUCCGUCCACGAGCUCUUAGAAGAUCAAAAGUCGCAAAACCAUGAGGAGGCUGAAAACAGAAGACAAACCGUCAGAAUAAUCACAUCUGCACCCGUCAAUGUGAAUCACCAUGUAUUUGCUCUAGUAACAAUACUGCUGCUUCCUUCUAUGAACUGCUUUAUUGGAGCAGAUCAAUAAAAAUGAUUUAAUAUAACCCUCCUUGUGUUCAUGAAAACGUGACUGAA